CCGGAAGCCCUGGCCACAGAACCCAGGGUGAGGUGGCGGUGUAGGGCGGCUGGCUGCGGAGCACCGCGGAGCUGGCGAGGGAGCCGCACGGAGGGCCGGAGCGCGGGAUCUCAGAAAAAAGAAAUGAUGUGACUCCUUCAUUCACUGUGGAAACUUUAAGGCCAGUGUGAGAGGGAGGUGGGGAGACCAUGGCCUGGCCACGUGUUUUUCAGCGAGGAACUCUGCUUGCCCGCUUCAGCCAUCACCACGUGGUUGUGUUCCUGCUGACCUUCUUCAGUUACUCGUUGCUCCAUGCGUCAAGAAAAACAUUUAGCAAUGUCAAAGUCAGUGUCUCCAAGCAGUGGACCCCAACUGCUUUUAAUACAUCUGCUGAACUGCCUGCAGAGGUCUGGACCAGCAACCGUUUGUUCCCUAGCACAGAGGAAGCCACUCUUUUCCUUGGUACACUCGAUACUGUUUUUUUGUUCUCCUAUGCUAUGGGUCUCUUCAUCAGUGGCAUCAUUGGGGAUCGACUGAAUUUACGAUGGGUUCUAUCUUUUGGCAUGUGCUCUUCUGCAUUAGUGGUGUUUGUCUUUGGCACCCUUACAGAAUGGCUACACUUCUACAACAAAUGGCUCUACUGCUGCCUGUGGAUUGUGAACGGCCUGCUACAGUCCACUGGCUGGCCCUGUGUGGUUGCUGUGAUGGGCAACUGGUUUGGAAAAGCUGGCCGAGGAGUUGUCUUUGGUCUCUGGAGUGCAUGUGCUUCAGUGGGCAAUAUUUUGGGAGCAUGCCUGGCUUCAUCUGUUCUGCAGUAUGGUUAUGAGUACGCCUUUCUGGUGACCUCGUCUGUGCAGUUUGCUGGUGGGAUCAUCAUCUUCUUUGGACUACUAGUGUCACCAGAAGAAAUUGGUCUCUCAGGUAUCGAAGCAGAAGAAAACUCUGAGGAAGAUUCACACAGGCCGCUCAUUACGGGUCCUGAAAACGAAGAUGAAUAUGAGGCCAAUUACUCUAUCCAGGGGGACAGCGCUGCCACCCAAGUGAAGGCCAUAAGCUUUCACCAGGCUUGUUGCCUUCCUGGAGUCAUACCAUAUUCCUUGGCCUAUGCCUGCCUGAAGUUGGUGAAUUACUCCUUCUUCUUCUGGUUGCCCUUUUAUCUGAGCAACAACUUCGGGUGGAAGGAGGCCGAGGCUGACCAGCUAUCCAUUUGGUACGAUGUUGGAGGAAUCAUAGGUGGGACUCUGCAAGGCUUCAUCUCUGAUGUGCUCCAGAAGAGAGCGCCCGUGCUGGCCCUCAGCCUGUUCCUGGCAGUUGGGUCCCUCAUUGGGUAUAGUCGCUCGCCAAACAAUAAGUCCAUCAAUGCGCUUCUGAUGACCAUUACAGGGUUUUUUAUUGGUGGACCUUCCAAUAUGAUUAGUUCGGCUAUUUCUGCAGACUUGGGUCGCCAAGAGCUGAUCCAAGGGAGCAGCGAGGCACUGGCCACGGUCACAGGAAUCGUUGAUGGAACUGGGAGCAUUGGUGCUGCUGUGGGCCAGUAUUUGGUGUCUUUGAUCCAGGAUAACCUAGGAUGGAUGUGGGUUUUCUACUUUUUCAUUCUCAUGACAAGUUGUACAAUUCUGUUUAUCUCACCGUUAAUAGUGAGGGAAGUAUUCUCUCUUGUGCAAAGGAGACAAGCUCAUAUAUUGAGUGAGUGACUGGUGCCCGCGCGAGAGAGAACUGUGGGAAACUCAUGAGGACCUGUAGCCUUCAGUUCACCCUGUGUGGUGUUGGCCAAGCACCAACGAAUUUCAGCUUUGUCAGGCCUUCCACUGCCAGCCACCCAGACUCUGGGAGUCGUGAGGGCCACACGUUUUUCUACACUACAGCAAUCAGUGAUGAUUUUUAUUAUGUUUUGUGAAUGUACUGAAAGGAUUGUGAACCUGCUGUUGUCCUUGCUCAGCCUGCCGGGGCUUAUCCCUUUAACCUUAAAUUCCUUCUUGGCCUCAGACUCUUGUUCUGCAGCCUUACGAGUUUAGUGAACAGGAGGCAGAAUCAUGUGCUUGUGUUGAUAAGGAGAAGACUGCUGCUUUAUGCUUUGGUACUGAGUUUGCAGAGUGGAUCCCGCUUAAGGCAUCGUAUUAGAGCUCCAGGUGGAUGAAGCCACAGCCUCACCUCAGACUGAGAACCUUCGCUCAGGCCUGAAGUCACACUGUGUGCGUGUGGUGCAGUCACUGUCUCAUCUGGAAGUCUUUCCCUCUGAAAGCAGACAUAUCUUGGAAUGGUCGUCAGCUUGUUUUCCUCCGACUUACAACGGACUGACUCCUGCAAGUGUUCUUUUCAUGGACUGUAAAUUAUCUUGAAUAUUCCAGCAUGGAAUUUUCAAUCCCAGAUUCACAGUCUGGGGUCGAUAAGGUCCUCAAAGAAGCUAUGUUAUUGUAAGCCAAUUCUUGGAGGAUUGACCUGUCUGACACAACCGGGUUCCUGAAGUUACCUCAGCAGAAGACUAGAAUUAGACAAAAGGCAAAGGCCCUUUGUCCCAGGGCUGUGAUGGGUGCUCAUUGAAUCAUGUUAAUGGAUUACUCGGGCCUCAGGCAUGCCAUCUUUAGAAGACUGUAGAGUGUGUGUCUUUAAGACUGUGAAUUCUAUAUUAACCAAUAUUUUAGGGUCAUUCUGUACAUAUUUUACAUUAUGUGUAAGCAAACAAGGAGGACAGUGUGCAGUUCUGAAGGAUACCUGAUCUGCAUUGAAUUAGGGAAUGUUUUUCACCCCUUGCCUUUAUACUCCAAAGUAUGUGUUGGUGAGUCUGUUACUCAAUCAUGCAGAUUUCGGAUCCCUUUAUUGUUCAUGUACUGACAUAAAAUGAAAAUACAAAACAUAGGAAGGGAGAAAAAACCCAGCUUUUAUAAUAAAUGUCCAUGAUUUGGUUGUUUA